AUGUGUCAUCUACAGCUGAGGACAUUGAUUUUUGUGGCCUGGGUGCUGGGCUACGUCGUCUUUCUGCACUCCAUAAGGAUGAUAUGGAGUGCUAAGUACGCGCGAGGUCCUCUGGCACGCUCACUUUUGGGAAAUCUGGUGAGCGAAGGUGAAGAAACAGUAAUGGAAACGCAAGAGUGGUACAAGUGCUGCCCUGACCUGCUCGGAGAGUCUCUGCGACCUCUGUUCAUUCAGAGUCAUCUCGAUUCAGGCACCAAAGCCUUCCUCAAGCAAAGCGUUGAGAAGUCCACCUGGUUGUUUACACAACUCUAUCAUUCUUUUGUAUCAAGUGUCCUCACACCUCUUGUUUCACGCACCUCCAUCAAUGGGUUUUUGGGACGCGGAUCUAUGUUUGUGUUUUCCGCGGAGCAAUUCCAGAAACUUCUCAAAGUCGGACCUGAUUGGAAAGCAGAGAAACUUCUGGACCUCGGAGCCGGUGAUGGUGCUGUAACAGAAAUUAUGAGAGGCCAUUUCAGAGAGAUAUUUGCCACUGAAGUCUCACCACCCAUGAAAUGGCAUCUCCAAAGGAGAAAUUUCAAAUUGAUGGGGAUCGACGAGUGGCAGCGGAGCGGCCUCCAAUAUGAUGUCAUAAGUUGUCUUAACCUACUGGACCGCUGCGAAGAUCCUCUCCUCCUCCUCGGAGACAUCAAGCGAUCGCUUGUUCCCCACACUGGGCGCCUCAUUCUGGCUGCUGUUCUUCCUUUCCAGCCCUACGUAGAAGUCGGUGGGAGAUGGCAGCGUCCGCAAGAACACCUAAAAGUACAAGGCAAAACAUGGGAGGAGCAAGUAACUCACCUGUCACAAGAUGUCUUUCAAAAGUCAGGAUUCGAGGUAGAAUUGUUGACCCGCUUGCCAUAUCUCUGUGAAGGGGACAUGUACAAAGAUUACUACGUUCUCGACGAUGCAGUUUUUGUUCUGAAGGCCUCAAAUAUAACUCAAGAGUUCAGACAAUGA